AUGACCUUGAGCCGGUGGUCCAGAACUGACGAGGCAACUGCUUCUAUGGCAGCUGGUCAGCCCUUGCUGUCAGCCCUUGGUCAGCCUCCCUUAUCCUCUCGUCUGGCUUCUUGCGGCUCAGUAUGUUCUCUACCAUACGGUAGAAAGACUGUUCCAAGUAAACGCAUCCGAAGAGCUCGACGGUGUCUUCCGGAUGUCGGUAGUAUAGGCACUUCGCGUCUGGGGCUCGUUCCAUCCGGCAGAGGUAGUGCCUGAAACACCCGUGACCUGUUAAGGCCUGUGAGUUCCUUGGGACGUUUCUAGACCCAUCUCCUCAGGUCCGGGAGUACCCUGAGAGUCAAAGCCGUCUUGGUCGUGCGGUUCCACCUGUUGGACUACGCGUUCAUGAUGAUGUUGCGCUCCGCGCGCCGGAUAGAGAUGGUCAUUGAGCCUUUGAAGGAUGAUCCUCUCCCUUGGUGUCGAGCAUGCACAAGGGUCGAAAGCUGGAUGCAUCGUCCACCAGCUUGCCAGGGCCCUUAUGGAGAAGCACUAGCCUGGUGUGCUUCCAUCUGGUUGGAAAGAUUGACUCUUUGAGACAUCGAUCCAUUAUAGGCUUAACAUAUUAUGUUCGACAUGUAAAAUAAAAUGUCAAUUACCAUAAGAAAAAAUUAUUAUGUACUAUUAAUAAUAAGUAUUAUUAUUAUUAUUUUUUUUUUUUUGUCACUUAUAUAUAAUAUAAGGUAUACUAUUAUGAUAAUUAAAGAUAAAUAUAAAUUUAAAAGCAAGUUGGUUUAUUUCUUAUACAUAAAACAAUUAAUAUAGAAAUAAGCUUUUUAUCAAUAUUAUGCAAGGGAAUAACCGGUCACCCGUGACAACACUUGUCUGUUCCAAUGAGAUUUAUAGCCUUGCCUGUGAAGGGAUAUACCUGUUAUUUACGUCUAAUAAACAUAAUGGUAAAUGUUCAUUAAAAGUAAAAUAUCCCUGAAUUAUGCCAGUGUUGAUAGAAAGAGAGCUGUUUAGACGUUUAGUUAGCGUUCGUUAAAAUGGAUUUCUACAAUAUUUGUAUAGGUAAAUAUCAAUAAAUUUAUGUUGAGAAUCAAAACAUUGCGAUAAACGAUGAAAUUAUUGUACAUAAUACGAAAUUGUGAAUCUAAUAAAAUACCAUUAACAUCUAAAUUUCUGAAAAAAAUUGUUUAAUAAGGGCCCAAACACAUUGUCCUCUUUCACAAUGUUAUGGAUAAUUUGAAAUUUCUGUUUUAAUACGAAAUUUAAAAUUCAAUACAAUCAAUCGCUUUUAAAAAAUUAUUUGUAUUUAGAACAAUUUUAUACGAAAAAUAUGGGUGUAAAAUAAUUGUAUUUAUACCAGUUCUAUGCCAAAAAUAUACGUCGUAAUUUUUGCGUAUGUCUACGUCUUAUUUACGUCCAAUACAGCGCCCCAAAUAGGGAUAUUUACAACUGAAGAUGUUAUGAGUAUUUGAUCUCUUACGUGAUAGCGUUUUUCACCGCGUUUUAUAUGAACUUACUCGUGAAGGUUUUGAUUUUUAAAACUAAUGAUGGAUUAUUGACCCACUUCCCAUGGCUCAAUCAAAUUGGAAUUUCUCAGGCGCUCACAUUUUCGACGACAAUACAAUAGUUAAUUAUCAGAUUUUACGUAUUCGCUCCCCCUUUUUUAAUACACGCGCAUGGCAUAUUGUCCCGACUGCGCCCAUUUAGAAUUUUUGAAAUUUUCCACUCCGAUAGAUAUGCAAUUUGUACGAAGUUGACAACUUUGAAUUCGCACGACGAUUUUCGAACAAAGUUCUGGUGCAUUUUUUCUGUGGGAGUCCGUGUGUUCGUUACGCUACAUUACUCUAUAAGCACUAUCCCUAUUCAAUCCGACGCCGAGUCGGUGCGAGGUUUAGAGUGAAUUAGGCGAAUUAUACUAUUAUUAUUAUCGUUACGUUCCUAUUACCGGGGGGAGAAGGCCGUUGAAGUAGGCCCGUGUAGUCCGUCGGAGCACUGCAGUUGGUAUAGUCCGCACGACCCCCUCCACCGUCAUGACAAUACGGUGCAUCGUUAUGCGCGUGCUGGACGACCAAAAGAACGGGUUCGGUCGACGACCAUCACGCAGCAGCAGCAGCAGCAGCAGCUGAACGAGUGAACGCGACGGCGGCGCAGCGGUUGACUAACCAUUGUAUAAUAAUAACAUUAUACGAUGCUGUUCGGUGGCCGCCGUCGCAACUGAACCGGUCGGUUCAAGGUCUGCUCCGCGCUGCAAGCACCACCGGCGUCGGCGGUUGGCACCAUCUCGUCGCCGGCAGGGCUGCUGGACAGAGUGCCGAGUGUGCGUGCGCAGUACACAUUCAACCGCACUGGCCGGCGGUCAUCAGGGCGAGACGCGCGACACGCGGCCGGAAAAAUCAAACGUGCGUCCGCGACGGCGAAAACGACGAAAUAUUUUACGACGUGUAGUGAUAAUCCGCCGCCCGAGUCCCUGGAUCCGAACGAUAUUGCCGCCCGAACGUAUUAUCUGUUCCCGCGAGCGUUACCUGUACAUACCUAACCUACCCGUCGUAUGUUGUUACGCGUAUGGGUGUCUGAAAUAUUAUACGUUACCUAUAACACUGAAUAUAUUGCCGUAGUGGUCCGGACGAUAAAAGUUUUGCGGAUUUCGCGAGCGGCCCGUGCACAUCAGGUAUACAACAUCAUUAAUUCACGUAAUAUCUAAUAACUCUUUUCACUCUUGUAUAAUAUUACAUUUUAUAUAGUAUAGUUUUGGCCGACGAUUUCGGCGCGUGGUUCCGCAGAAAGUCGCUCGCCUUCGUGACUCCGCGAAACAAUGAGCUCUGAUCGUUUAAUACAUAGUUGAAUUUUGUUUAUGUGCGUGCCGGUACGAUCGGCGCAACGAAACGGCGGCGUAUACGACUUAAUUCGACGCGGGCAGAUAUUGUUGGUGUAAAUCGUAUCCGCCACCCCGUUUCGUACCGUUGUAUAUUGUACAAGCUGCCGUCCCCACCACGGUGGGUCCACCGAUCCUCGCAGAUACGACCGUGCAAAACGAACAUGAUUUUUUUCUCGAAUUUUUCACGCGGCUUUUCGCGCACGGCCGGCCGGUCUGUCCCGUUCGGAAACGCAUUAUUACCGCCGCGUUCGUUUGCGUGGGACACGCGCGUUAUCAUAAUGAUAUUAUUAUGCUUUCACCUGGCGACAUUGUGUUCCGUGAACAAUGCGAUCCGUACCUACGACUGUUUGGUAUAUUAUUACUUGUACUAUUAUUUAUUACGUACCAAACGUACCGUGUGUUUGACACGAGCGUGCGCCGACGAAAUCGGAACGGAAGAUAAUAACACGGAAAAUAUUAUUGUCAUCACUGGCCGGUAUUAUACGAUACCCGUGUCAUUAUGUCAUCCCGAUUUCCCGGCGUGGUGUACGGUUACGGUGCACGUUGUUGCCGGCGAUCUUUUAAACCCGUUUACACCGGUGUUUCUCGACCGUAGGGUCGCCACUACAUCCGACGAGGCUCGUGAUUCCGUUGAAACGUUUCGCCGUACACCGUGUAACGUCUGUAACCGUAUAACGGAUCCGAACAAAUUUUUCAAAGGUACCUUUAUACAUACAGCGCGUAACGAAAGCAUCGUCGAAAUCCUCGGCGACGUUACGCGGUGGGAUUCCGGAAGGUUGAGAACCACCGCUUUAAACGUCGGUUUAACAAACGUGGCAAUGGUUUCGUGAUUGUGUUACGUAUCGUAACGCCGGUUUGAUAUUCGUUAUUUUAUUUUAUUUAUUUUUUCUUCCGUUGACGAUUAGCCGACGAACAAGUGUACAAUAUGUGGGCGUCUCCCGAAUUUCAGCGAUGUGUUCAAUAAAAAUGAUAAUAUUGUACGCAUUCGAAAACUCAACAGGCUUAAUCAUAUUAUAUCGUUUGAUCUACUCAGAGAUGUUCCUAAACAGCAAUAUUUCGUUAUCAAAAUGCUAUUUGAACACUGACAUUAUCAUGCUGAUAGUUGUAACAAAAUAAAUAAUUAUUUAACAUCAUGAAAAUAUUUUGAAAAUAUAAUAUUGUUUCCGUAUUGUGAUAAAAAUUAUUUGGCCACGGUGUCAACAUAAUACCGUAACAGUGAUAUUUUGUACAUUAAUGUAACACUAGCUUCCCUUUAAAACUGGGUUAAAAAUUGUACAAAUGUUUUGAGCUUUUGCGGGAUUUGAACUCGGACCAGCUACUCGGAACCCCAUGCGUUCUAACCACUUUGUCACUAUAAGAGAUAUGUAUUUUGACCAAACCUUACAUAUUUAAAUAUUAUUUUAGAAGUGAACCCUAGACGUAGACGUAGGAUUUGAACUACGGUUUUUAGCGUCAUGAAAUUGCACCACUCUAUAGAACAGUGUUUCUCAACUAUUUUUAUUCUACAUACCCAUUGUAGGUUUUCAAAAAUCUUGUAACAGUUUCCAUAAAAAUAAAAAAUGAGUUAAAUUAAAUGUUAAUUUAGGGGUUAAUUUUAUAAGUUCCGCGGAAGUGGGAGGGUUUUUAGAGAACAAACCUAUAUUCCAUAUAGUUUAAAUUGCAAACGGAAAUAGUAGAUAUCGAUUAUUGCCGAAAAGGACUUGAAUUCACGUGAAAUUCUUAAAAUUUAACCAAAAGCAAGUUAUUUAUUCAAUAUGCAUUCGAGGGCAAAAAAUAAAAAUUGGGAAUGAAACGAAAACCAAGAUCACAAACAAAAGUAACAGCAGGAGAGAUAUGUAUGCUAUUAUUGGAAUAGACAAAGUUUGUUUCAUGAGAGUUACGAAAGAAGGACAUGACUUGCCGUUUAUUGAUUCAUUUAUGUUUAACUAUAAAAGCACAUCGUAUAAAUAAUGGUUCAUUUAAGUAUAUACGAGUAUAUUAUAUAAAUUGCAAAUGUCAACUAGUUAAAAUAAUUUUUAUUUUGGUUAUUUUAUCGUUUUACUACAAUAAAUAAUUAUUAUUGAAUAUUUACACCGUAUGCAAAUUGAUCAGUUCUUAAAACGAUCAGUGUCCUCGAAUAGUGUCGUCGAUUUAAAAUUUAAAUAUUAUGACGAUUACAAACUAGUCAAAAAAUUCAAAAUUUAUGUUUAGAAAACGACGUCUUGGUCAGUUUAAAAUCUAUUUACUUUUAUAUACAGUAUGUACCUAUGGGAUACGUACGAGUUUAUCAUUUAGUAUAAUAUUAUACAAUGAAUUUGUAGAACGAAUAGAUCCGAAACAAUGCAUUUAUAGAAAACUGUUUUCUGUUUUCUGUUUCUGUACAAUUGUAUAGAACACUGUAUUAUUUAUUACUUUUAUUAGGUAUUAGCGAUUGUAUUCAAAUAAAAGUAUUAACUUUUUCCACGAAAUAUCAUAAUUCGUAACGUAAAAAAACAGUCUUCUUUACAUAUUACAAUUAACUGUAUUAUAACAAUUCGUCUAUUGAUUGGUGUUAACACACAUAAUAAACAAAUAAUAACGAAAAUUAUUAAAUUAUCGAGAAUUCAUUGUAUACUCGCCGAAGGAAUAAUUCGUUAGUGGAAUACAGCUAAUUUAUCUCACGAAUACGUACUAAAUAAAUAAAUAAAUACCGAUUUGUUAGUAAUAAUAUGCCAAUAUUCCAUUAUGACUAAUAUGAAUCAUAAUCAUGUACUAAUAUAAUUAAUAUGCUAAAUUUACGACUUAAAAAUUUGCUAAUACUGCACGUGUAUAAUAAAUAAGUAAAUGAAUUCGUUUUAUCAAAAUAUAUUUUAGCGGUUACUUAUUAUAAGCGAAUAGGUACUAGUUGAGUCUAAAAUUCUACACUUGGUUUGGUAUCGGGUAUUACAUAGGUGUAGAUUUGUUGGAAUUUUUUUUGGUAGGACAAUAGGGUUAAUAUUCAAACCGUAUUGUAGUUCAAGGUCUGAAUUCAUCCUUAAUCUCUAAACAAGUAUUUAUCAUUUAAUGGAAUAUUAAGGUUUCGUUGUACAACUUGAUAUUGAAUUUUUGAAGAACACAAUAUUUAACUCGAUAUUUCACAUCGUUUAACAUAAUCUUAUUUUUAGCUUAAAAACCAGUUUCAUGAAACUGUCAAUGAUAAAAUACUGUAUACUACACUAUGAAUAAUAUUAUAUAAUGUAAGAGUCUACAUCAGCAUUUACUAACAUGAGUUUUCUCUGUGUAUCUUACGCGUCAUAAUAUAGCUUGGUUUCUAUUUUCAGUUAUAGCAUUUUUCUAAAACCAAAUUAUAUCUAGUAUCUUGUAUCGGGAAGGUCACGUUUGAUUUUUCUUGAAGUUUUCUUAAUAAUUGGAAAAAACGGGAAAAUGAACGCAGCAACAGUUUCCAAUGUUUUGAUUUUAUUAGCUGGUUCUAAUUUCAAUGACAUUUUAUCGAUUUUUGAGCUAUCAAAUAUAUAUGCAUUUGAAAUAUUCCUAUUUUUUUAGUUUUUAUUUGAUUUUAUGUGGAAAAAUAUUUUUGGUUGAGCAGAAAUGCUUGAAAAUUUAACACGUGGCUCAUCAUUAGUUUUAGUUAGUGGCUAUAAAAAGUUGAGCGUUAUGUAUAUUAGUUAACAAGCGUUUUAACAUACCGUUUUUAUUAAGGUCCGAUAGAUGCGGAAUUUUACAAGAAAGAAAGCAAAAUUUAUUUUUACAUAAUCAUUAUUGGUUUGGCGUUUAUAUUUUAUACAAAUUAUUAUUAUUAUUAUUAUUAUUACAAAAAACAUUUAUGUACACAUAUUCACAAUUGAAUAGAUGGGGAGCUUUUAAGUUCUACACACGAGUAGCGAAUUUUUCUGUUUGAAUUAAAUAUAAGCAUUCUUUUUCGGACUUUUAUAGUUUGAUAGUUAAUAUAAUGCGGACAAUUGGGGCAGGUGACAUUAAAAUUGAAAAAUAUAGUAUUUUCCUAUUAUUUUUAAAUUUAUGUCAAGUUUAUUUAAGUUUUAUUCUCAACGUGUGUAUAUAUUUAUGUAAACCACAUAUUUUUUAAUUUUAUUUCUGUGCAUGCGUGUGUAAUGUUAAUAAAACGAUUGCAUCUCUUUAUUAUAUACAUUAAAACAAUUAUUCAUUUUGAUAUAAUUUAAUACAUUUAUUAGAAUGAUAUGUUUAUUUCGAUUAAAAUUUCAUAAUAACUAUAUAUAGGUACGAUUUAAAAUAUUUGUGUACUUGUGAGAGAUCUAUUAUAAAACUAUAAUGAUUGCAAUUUAUUGUAUUAAAUACUAAAGGAAUAAUACUAUCAAUACUGAAUUGCAUAUAGGUAUACACUACUACUACACCUAUGUAUGAUGUACUAUACGAAAUGCAGUAUUGUUUGUAAUUUCAAUGCAAUCUUGAAGGACGAUAAAACCAUUUGGAGACAAACCUUUAAAUUUAUUCAAUGAUUAGAUAUUAAAAUAAUGAAAAAUAAUAAUAAUUUAACAAAUUUCAUCAUCGUUGAACUUGAUGAUAUAAUAUGAUUUUUUUAAAGAAACGAAAUAUACUAAAUUAGUUAAACCUUUAACAAAGCACCUAUAGUAAUAUUAAUUAAAUUAUAAUUUAACGUUAAUUUUAUAUGUUUAGCGAAAAGAAAAAUCCCGUAAAGCCGUAAUUGUUCUGCCUUAGUGGCGUGUGGGACUAUGUUGAUUAAUUUUAGUUAAGGAUCAAAAAUUUGAACAUAUACCAUGUAAACGUGCCUAUUUACCAAACCGGUUCGCUUUGAUCGCAUCGUAUAGUUUUGUCCUACACAAAAUGUGUUAAACGACAUAUUUUAAUUUGUACACCUCCCCUCCCCCUAUUUUAAACGUCAUUUAAAAUUAAAAUCCUAAAAAUAUUUGUAGACAGUAGGUAUUAUUUUUUUAUGGUGAUAAUUUAUCAGGGAUUUUUGAAUAUUUUUUUAUAAUAAACGCUUCAUUAUACUGUAUUAUAAUGAUAUACUUAAGUCAAGUUUCAAUAUUUUUAACAUCAAUUAAAACAAACUCUGGAGUAUUGGUUAACUAAAAAUUAAUUCUUUAACGUUUAAAUACGUUUAGUCAUUAUAAUGUACAUAAUGUACAAUAGUAUAAAUAUAUAUAGUUUUUUAAUAAAUAAACAAAUAAUAAUCAUUUUAUUUUAGCAAAAUUGUGUCACUUGCAUAGUAAAGCUUCUCAUAAUAAUUUAGAAAUAUUGACAUAUAUGUUUAUUGUUUCAUCGAGGUUAAUACUUACAUAUUUUUUGCGUCAUAAUAGUAUACAAUUAUUAUCAAGACGUUUUCGUCCCAUUGUUGAACGAACUCUGGUCUUUAUUUAUUUAAACUUAGAAAAUAUUCUUUCACUAUUAACAACUACGUAGCUGAUAGUAAAGUACGCCGAAAUGUGUAUGCUGUGGAUAUAUGAGGAAAUACACAUAUCAAGUUAAAUAUAUUUAAUAACUUUAACACACUUAAAACUGUCAUUUUAGUAUUUUAUCGUUGUUGUCUGGGUCUGAAUUAGCAUCUGUAUCUGUGUCUGAUUUACUUAUUAUUAUUAAUUAUUUACCUUUCACCCUUACAAGUUAUAACCGAACAUGGAACGAUCAUCACGCCAAUGUUCUGCUUAUUACAAUUAAAUGCAUAUAUUAUUAAUUAUUAGAAUAAUUACCGGUAUUGAAAAUAUCUAUAAACUUUAAAAAAUUGUUUAGAUUUCCCUGAGAAAACCCUACGCGUAUAGUGCGAGUAUUGUAAAGAAUACUGUAAUUUUGUAUUCAGAAUAAGUGUUCGAAUAAAUUGAUAAAAAUAUAUUCAGAAUACGUAUUCGAAUAAUUUGAAUGAUUUUUAUCCUGCUAAUUUGUCAUUUUUUGAACAACAGUUUGGAAAUUAAUGUUUUACCGCUUAAUUGUUUACUAAAUUAAUUGAUUACUAAUUAGCACAAUUAAUCAAAUAUUAUGUCAGAUAUACUGUUACAGUAUACUUUGUAUUACAAAAAUUAUUUGAUUUUAAUUCCCUUUUAUUUUAAUUGUAUAUAGAUACCGUUAAACAUUGUACAAUUUAUACGUAUUCAUAAAACAUCUAGUAAAAUACGCCACAUAUUAUUAUGUUUAUUUAUUUGCCUUUAUAAAAUGAAAAAACCACUUAAAAAAAAAAUUUUUUUAAUCCUCUCUAAACACGAGUUAGUUUAUUAUGAUUGAAUAUUUUCAUACACAAAUAUUUCGAAUAAAAUGUAACUUGCUUACCUAUGUUUAAAUAUAUUGUUAUUUGACGGGAGCAACAAUAAUUAUUAUGGAUAAUUUCGGCUGUAUGAAUACUACAUAAAUAGGAUAUUUCAUUAAUAAAAUUUAUUUCGAUUUUUAUCGUGUCGAUGUCCUCGCUCACAAAAUAGAGUUCACCUAGGGACGUAAAUCAAUUAUUAUUAUUAUAAUUAUUGUUGGUUAUGAAUACUGAUUAUUAUUAACUGUACAGAUUAUUCUAAUGGAAUUUAAUUAACAAUACAAUGUUUGUGAAGUUAUAAACAAUAUUAUAUUAUUAGUGGACCAAUUAUCAUAUAAUUUCGAUUAAAAACAAAACUAAAUAAAUGAUAUUAAGUGUAUUGAAUUUUUAUGUUGCCGUAAACAUCUACUAUAUAAAAUCUUAUUUACAGAUUUAAAAUUUUUAUUAGUUUAAAAAGAAAAAUGUUUUCUUAUUGAACAAGAUAUUAUAAUAUUUUAUACAGCACUGGCGUAAACAUAGUUUGAAAUGGAAUGCAGUACAUAUUACAGAAGUUCUCAUUUUUUAAUAAAUAGUAAUUGAUUUUAAUGUUAAAUUACUGGGAUAUUAUGUACCUAAAUAUGUAUUUAUAUUUAUAAUGUAGAUAAAACUUAUAAAUAAAGGGGAAACUUCACACAAAAAAUAGUGAUUCGGUUGUACGAGUAUGUAAAACAAGGCUACUAUUAUUAGAUACAAUUCAUUGCAGAAAUUAUAAUUACGUUAUUCCUCGUUAUUUCCGAACACCGAACACGUUAUGCGUGACAAAAAACAUUUCACAGAUAACAAUAGUUCAUUAUUUGAUGAAUGGCUUUAUAACAGAUCAUCAUAAGUUCCAAAAUGUUUUUAACAGCACUGAUAAUAAGUCAUACAAUUUCGUUAUAAUCAUAUUAUUAUUUUUAUCUUACAAAGUGAGGUCCAGGGAGAAAUGAUUAGAAAGUGUUAGCUUAAACUUUGAGAUAUUAUUUAUUUUCAAAUAUUGAAUCUAAAAAUAAUUUCUAAUUUUUAAAGCCUAAUAAUUAAUUAACUAAUAAACUAAUAUAUUACAUAUAAUACCUAGGUAUAAACUGUCAUAAAAUAUAUCAUGGUGAUUUUAUUUAUUCAUCUAUAUCUACUGCAUUAUUAAUUAAUUAGUGAUAACCCAAUCAGUUUUUAUAAUAAUUCAUAUGUCUUAUGUUUCUUAAUUAAAUAAUUGUUUUGAUAUUUGUCAUGUAGUUCUUUAUAUUAAAAUCCACUAUUCACUUUACAUAAUAUUCUAUUCUUUUAAAAUCGUUUAAAACACUUGUCAAUCUGUAGUUCGCGGCCUGUCUUAGUAGUCAGGGGGCGUCAAAUCAUUUUCCCCCGAAAACAAAAAAAAAACUUUUGUGGCGUUUUUAUGUAAGUUUUUUCUGUUUAAAGAAUCUUAUUGAGCCUGACAGAGAUUUCAAUAUUAUAGUCACUCAUCGUAACGUAUCAUUAACGUAAAAACGCAACAAAUAAUUUAAAUUUGCCCACCAUAGUGUUAUCAAAAUAUAAUUUAUAUGUUAGUGCUGUAGCAAGGGGAGCACUGGGGAAACGUGCUCCUCCCCUGAAAUCAUUUGUUUAUUAACAAUUACAGUUAUUUUGAUAUAUUUAUCAAUUUAUAAAAUAAUAAGUAAUAAUAGAAAUUAUUAGUGCCGAACUCCCUCUGAAUUUUUUUCAGAUAUAUUACAGUGGUAAAAAAAAGUUGAGCGUAAUGUAGUAGUUUUUUAUAAUUGUUAUAAAUUUUGACCAUUUUUUAAUACGUUAAACUAUACCGAAAUUUCGAAAAUUAAAUUGUGUAAAAGUGUAUUUUUUUAAUAAAUAUAUAGGUAUUGAUUUCGUAAUUUUUAAUGAGGAUGGCCCUUGACAUCUGUUAUAGGACAGGUUAGGCAGAAUAUUAUUUAUUUACCAUUUUUAGACAAAGAACUGAAGAUGUUUGCCUUACUUCUAUAGCGCUAUUCAAAUUAAUUUAAAUAUGUAUUCACGAAUAUUUGAGUGAAUAUUAGUAACCAAUAUUUAUUAAUGAAUUGAUAUUUCAUUUCAUGAUGAUGGCUAUCGUUUAAAAAUAAAAUCUUUGGUGCCUGAAUGCAUAGUAUUCAAUAAAAUAGUCAUUCAUUUAUUUAAGGUAUUAAUAUCAUAUAUUCACGGUCGUUCAAGAAUAAACGGUUAUAACUAAAGAGUAUUUAUAUAAUAAGAGUGCGGCUGACUUAGGAAUUAUUUUUUAGUGGUUACUUGUCAUGGGUGACGCAAUUAUUUUGUGAUUUCUAAUACUCUAAUACUCUAGCUUACCAUGUAAAUAUCGGGUGUGAAUAACUACUAGUGAUAUAAUUUCUCAGUAAACUUCAGUAAAGGGUAAUUGUAAAAUAAUGUGACCCACGAGACGUAUCAACUAUUUAAAUUUAAAUUUAGUAUCUGUAGGAAUUUAAUACCAACGAAUUGACGACCUUGACCACAAACAUUAUAGAAAAAAUUAUACCUGGGCAUUUCUACUUCAAAAUGUGACUUAUCUGAUAUAGAUUUUGUCUUUUACUUUUACCUUUGUAUACACUCAACGAGGUUAUUAUAGUGCCAAUUUAUAAUGAACCUUGAAUUAAAUAUUCGAAUAUGUUUGAGUACCCAAAAAAUACUAUAUACAUAAAACCAAAUAAUAACCUAUACCUGAUCUAGACAGUUUUAAAUGGGUAUAAUUAGCUCAAUCGACAAAAUGGACAACGUCUAAAAAAACUAAUUUAAGUUUUUGGUGAAAAUAACAGAUUUUUACGAUUUUUUCUAAGUUCUAAAAUAAUAGAAACCAUUGUUAUGUAAAUGUUCAACUUUUUUCCAACGGUCUUUUAUUAUUAACUAUUACGAAAAUGACUUGGGAAAUCAAAAAAUGACCCCCUCAAUGCACCAACUAGAUCAAAAUUGUUAUAAGAAAGUUCCUAUAAAGUUUUUGUUUGGAGCAAUAUAUUUGGUAGAAAAGUUGUUUACAAACACAAAAAAAUGCAUCAUAGUACAACCAAUACAUUUCUCACUAUGCUCAGAGUAUAAAAUGAUAUAUACCUAUACAUGGUAUCUACAUAACGUAAGACACUUAUACUUAUCAUCUCGGAAAGUAUCUUCGGAACUUGUAUGAAAAUGUAAAAAACAAGUUUUUUUAAAAAGCAACAUUGCCCUUAUUUUUAAAGGUGACACCACUACCCACUUUUGAUUUUGUAAUAGAAACCUAUACAAUUACAUAAAUAGAUGAAGUUUUAGUUUAAAUAAAUUUUGGUAUAGAAAUCUUUAAUUUCCGUUAACUUGUUGACGAGCUAUUCCAUUUUGAUGUUAUUGUAUUAAUAAUAUUAAUUAUUUAUAAAUUAUAAUCAAUGAUAGCAGUAAAAAAUAAUUUUCUGAUUUACCCGUUUUUGAAAGCCUGAAUACGUAUGAAAAAUAAUCAGAGCGGCAAGAAAUUACAAUACAGUUUAAAAUAUCUGACCUUGACUCUUAUUAUUUGCAAUGAAUCGUGAAGGAAACCUACAUUAAUUGGGUACUGAAGUCACUUAAAUUUGUAGGAAUCAUAGAUAUUAUAGAGUCAAGCCACCAGCUUUAUUCAUUACGUGCGUGCCUAAAAAAAAAUCGACAUUUUUGUGAUCUCGGCGUCAGGUAGCUAUAAUAUACUUUAUACAUAUUGUAGAGUGAUUAGUCUACAAUGUAAUAGUCCGUAAAUAUCAAAUUUGAAAAUGCAUGACAUAAAAUCGAAUUGAUAUUUUGGUAAAUAAAUUGUAUUGGUCUAGACGAGGGCGCUCACGUGUAAGAGAGAACCUCAAUUUCUAAUAUAAAUUAAAAGCAUUACCUACUGUUACUUUUUUUUUUUAGUUGAUCAUAAUUAUAAACUAUUUAAAGUGUAUUGAUAUUUAAAAAAACCACUAUAAAUACAUUUAUAUUUUAAAUUUGGUAAAAAUAGUAAAUUGGUAGUUGUUAAAGGAAAUCGAGUCAACGUGAUUCAUACCACCAGUCCAACGGGUUUCCCUGGUUUCCCACUUGUCCAGUUCGGCUUUGAACGUUCUGUUAUAAAUAACUGUAUUACUUGCAAUAACAGAAAACUACGGCGCGCGGCGUUAGAAAACGAUAAUUUACACGCACAAAAGUAAAUUGUGUUGCGUCUUAUAAGUAAGACCAUAGAUUUUAUUUUAGAUAUUUUAUUAUUUUAUUUUCACAUAGAAAAUCUUUAGACUAUUACAAUAUGUAUUCACAAUAAUGGAGGGUAGACUUGUUUUCUCGUGAUAUAUAUAAAAUUGUUUAAAAGGGAAAUAUAGAUAUUGUUUAUAUUGUUUUUAUAGUAUUAAUACAAUUACGGUUCGAUUUGACCGAAUGAUAUACGUUUUGUAAAUUUUAAUCGAAAUAAUGAAAUAACAGUAAAUAAGAUAGUAAUGAACAACUUAUUCCGUUAGGAACAUUAACAUUUUGGUGACACUAAUAAAUUACUUUAAUGUUGAAGUUAAAUACAUUAUUGAAGAUCCGCAAUAAAAAAUUAGACAGUAACACGAAUAGUUUUAAAUAUUAUAUUUUUGUAACGUUUGAGAAACGAAUGCGUUUUAUGUGUUUCUAUUUUAUAUUUAAAUAUUAUUCGGCAAUGAAUGAGUGUCUUGAAUUAUGAAUUCAAUUUGAUUCUAAGCUGUUUUUCUUAUAUUGUUCGUAAUUAAAUGCCUACAAAGUAUUUGGAAUAUAUGUAUGAUACUGUAAAAUAAUUAAAAAUAUAGGAGUGAUACUAUUCGCGUAUGAACGCGUUAUACAUAAUUCACAAAUAAAUUAUGUAAUUUUUUUUUUAUUAUUUAACGGAAAAUACUGAAUAUCAUGUAUCAAUUAGAAAAUAAAAUAUAUGUAAUUAAUACUAGGUAUAGGUAUAUGCAGUGAUGUAUUGCUAAAAUAAACCGUGGGUAUACUCCUUAUUCAUGUAUAUAGAGAUAUAUGGGGAUCUAAAGGUAGGGUUCAAAAAUAUUUUUCUCGCUUCACUUGAACAGUAACUCUUUUAGAUGCACGGAAGAAGCUUAUGGUUUUACAAAGAUAUUUAUUAAUUUUUUUUUUUUAUCUAUGCGAAACUUUUCUACCAGAAAUCUUACUACGAUUUUCAAUAAUAGUAUUUUUUUUUUGAAACGAAACUGAACUGAAGAGGUUCUUUAGGGAGAUAUUUUUUCGAUUUUCUUAGGAGAUUUCUCAUCAAAUGUAAAAAAACCAAAAGAACGGAGGAAAACAGGAAAAUGUAUGAAAUAUAUUAAUAAAUAUUAAGUAUAACAUUAUCAUCAUUCAUUACUUAACGAGUAAUCACAAUAAGAAUACAAAAUUAUAUUAAAUAUUAUGAUAAAUGAUAGUGGGAUUCGGUCGACCGAAGUCCUCCCCACAACAUAUUUACUUUAUGGAUAAUUUGAUUGUGAAUGCUUGAUAACAAGACUGAUAACAAAAUCUUAAUUUUUAAAUAAUAAUAAUUUUUCGUAAAAAUAAAAAUAAAUCUUCAUGUUACGUGUUACGUUUUGUAUUACAAUUCGUGUUCAUUAAAAUGUAUUUUACAGUAAUUUAUAUAAAUAUAUAAUAUAUAUAAUUGCCAUACGGUAAUUAUAAAUACCCAUAUGGGAUAUAGGGUAGAUAUGGCCAUAUAUCCGAGUGUCAUUAAAUUGUUAUAAGCUAUACGCUAUGGAUAAAAAUAGCGUAUUGGGCAUACGUCGUAUACUCCCGUAUACCUCUCAAUCAACCACUGGGUAUAUAGUAAACUAGAUGUAUACUAGUCAUAAUUCACAUAAGUCAUGUUUAACUGUGUAAUGUAGGUAGUGCAAUAUUUUCAACUACUUCGGGGGUGGUCCAUAGUUUGUAACAGUUAUACGUAUCUAGGUAUGGUUUUUGGAGGGGGUUCAACAUUAAAUAUGUAUGCAAAUUAAAGUCGCCUAAUUGCCUAACUAUAAAUAUACGACUAUUCUCCAUCAAUAAUUUAAAUCAUUUUUUUUCGUGAGAUAAAGUUUUUUAAAAUCUAAGGGUACAUUGUUUUUAUUGCACGCAAUAUUUAGCUGUAGCUUGGAAACAUAAUAGAAGAAUGACACGACAAUGUAUAGAAGUUAUACAUAUAUAUUUUUUUGAUUUGUCUGCCAAUAAUUAAUUAUUAUCAUAAGCUUUCCGUCAUGAUUUCGCAAACAUGGUCAAUAUACAUGUAUUAUACGGGAUCUAGUAUCUACACAGAUGACUCGUGUUGUGACCUGCAAUCAUCCAUUAUAUUACAUGAGCACCGCAAGUAAACGAAAAUCAUUUCUUUCACAAAUGCACGAUUUCUGCAGGUCUUUCGACCCGAAGUUUCGCAAAAAAAAAUAUAUAUAUAUAUAUGAACCCCUUGACCCGAUUACUUGAUAUAGUUUUAUUCCCUUCGAACCACGCGCCGCCGAGGUCGUUCGAAAACUAUAACGACUCUCGUGAUUACAGUUAUAACCAAAAAAAUUACUCGUGGAAACAAUGCGUGUUUUUUUUAUUAUGUUUUUUGUUUGUCGUUGACUUUUUUCUUUGGGUUUUUUUUUUUUUAAUUUUUAUAACGUGUACCUACAUAUGACCUAGUCUCCGCCACUGUCGUCGUCGCCGUCGCCGAACGAACAAUGGAGCAUACUAAGGAAAUUAAGGAAAUCCGUGAGAAAGUCUACGUCCGUGUGCGGAGACGAACAACGCGGACUGUAUUGUACUAGUAAGCACUGUACACACACGAACUGUUCAUAAAAUAAUAUAUUUAUUGUUUACACCGUAAUAUGCAAUAUGCACUAGGUAUUUAUGGAUGGUAUAUUUAUGUAUAAUAGUGGUAAAUUCAGACUUCGGGACUUUUAGCACUUAAAAUCAACAAAGAAGUGCCUAAAAAUUAUUAUUGUAAGCCUAUAGAAAAGCUUAAUAAGCCCUUUUAGUGCUAAUAUUUCCAUAUUACAAAUCUUGAAUAUUUUUAAAACUACACACUCGUAGAAUUGUAUUGCUCCAUAUACGGCGAUGACCAACGCGUCAUCAGAAACAAAUAUGCUUUGAGAAAUAGAAUACAUAGAUAAAAUUAUUUAAAGAAUCACAGAAUAAAAAUGCAUGGUUUUUAUUGCUGAUUUGGCUGAGUUCGAAUACUCAACCCUAGUUAACUAUGGAUAAUUCGAGUAAACUCUGGGUCGUUCGAGAUAUUAGAAUUAAUUCCGCACUACCGUCCAGUAACGCAGAGUCGUUAACUUCGGGUUAUUCGAACAACCUAAAAUAAAAGACACAGUAUCUUUUUAACUCUAUUGACAAAUAUGCUUAUCAUAUAAUAAUAAGUAUUUCUAGUGUAGGACAAGAUGGAAAAUUAUCAACAGUUCUUAUCAUUUAUUAGCAAUGUUUACCUUAUUUCAAACCGUCACGGUUAACUUGAAUAAUUAUUGCGGGGUUAUUGAUAAUAUGGGUAGAAUACUCUACUCUAUUCCGACUUUACUCUCCUCUAAUCUAAGUUUUUAAACGCAGUCCUUACGUAAUCACAUAGUAAAAAAUGUACAAAAAAAAAAAAAGUAACAGAAAUAUUAGUAAAAAUUAUUUAUUAUUAUUAUUUUUGUUUUUGAACUAUGGUAAUAAUCAAAAAAAAAAAAAUGUCAUAUUUGAACUCGUAGCAUGCUAAAACAUUUCCAUAGCACUUUGGUAGAUUUAAUGUCAAGUUUAAAAAAGUAAGCAAAAGUCUUAAACCCUGAGAAUAAUAUGUUAAAAAAAAAAAAAAUUACCGAAUAGUUUUGCAUUUUCGAGGGAAAUAUUGUUGAGUAACGUGAAUUUGUUUUUUUACUUCGUCUUCACAAUGUUUAUUUCUCGUGGCAUUGAGCAAGGUUGUCGGUUAACUGUACCGGGAUGUAAUAAUAAUGACUGUGCGAGCGUCGUGUACGUAUUACGAACGACCUCAUUAGCAGUUCCUUAACUCGAUUGAGUCACCGUCUUCGCAAACGUUUUCCGACGAAUGACCGGACUACUAAUAUUUAAUAUAAUCAUACAGUAUAUCACCGCAGCAGGUUCAUAAUAUUAAAACAUUCGAAACGUUGAAAUAAUGGCCACGAAUUACAUCAAUAUUGAUUUCGCCAAAACAUUAAAAUCGUGAAGAAUAUAAUAGAACUAACUUGGACUCGAUUAGGCGGAUUGGACAGUCUGCAUUAUGACGUAGAGAAAGAUUAUAGGAAUAUGAUUUUAGCAGUUAAAACCUAUAUUAUGAUUAAAAAAAAAUGUUCGUACUGCUAAUAAAUCAUCCGCAAAUUAUAUCGGGCGUGGGACAAUGCUUUCUACCAUAUUUAUGAUAUAAGUGUAGAAUCAAGUAUCAAAUUUGUACAAUCCAUAACAAGAUUAUAUCUGUGACAUAGCGGUUUUAUUUUUAAGAGAUCAAAUAAAAUAAUACAAAUUAUAAAAUUGUAAUUGUGUACCUAAAUAGCUCUACAUGAUUGUAAAGACAAAGUGCCGUCUUAAUGUAAAUAACUCUACUAUUAGUAUUAUGAUAGUAUUUAAAUAUGAUCAGAUUAAGACUGGCACAAAACUGUUUUUUUUUUCAAAUUAUAUUCACGCAUUUAUGUAACACGAUCAUCUGCCACGUCUGAUCCUUAGUAAAAAUUACUAAGAAAAUGUAUUUACGCGUAAUUUUUUUAUACUCUAAUUAUUUUGUUUAAAAUGUGGUUAGUUGCAGCAUAGACAGACCUUACCUUUAAACUUCUGUUGAUUACUCGUGGAUUGCGUAAAGACCGUAUAUAGUAGGUUUAUUAUGGAUUUUGUUUGACUAAUUAAGGUGGUUGUACUAUAUAAAACUGUAUAAUAUAAAAUUAUAACGGACUGCAUAACGUUUUUGUUAAUCAAGUUCACAUAAAGGUUUUAUAAAAUAUAUGUAGUUAAUUCAUAUACCUCUAUACAUACCUAUAUAAUUAUGUAUGAUAAAAAUAUAUAUGUAUGAAUAAAAACUUUCAAAAUCCUAGUGAAGUGGUUAUUAAAUUAAAUUUUAUAAUAAAAUGUAUAAUAUGUGUCCGUUCUUGUGGUUUUAUUAUUGUAUAUUUGACGUCAAUAAUCAUUAAUUGCCGUGAUUAAUGUCUUACAAAUACAUUUGUAUAUAAUAAAAUAAAAUCUGUAUAGAAAUAUGUUAAUUUCAUAGAGAAAUUAAUACGAUUUUAAUAUAUAUAAUAUAGAGUUUUGGCAGUCAAAUAGAUUUACUUGUAAUUAAAAAAGUAAUAAUAACAAUAACAAUUUUAUAUUUCGAGUAAUAUAAAUUUUACUUGUUUGGUACAGUGAUGCAUAUUUUAAUUUUGUAACGCAUUCUACCUUCAUAGAAUAUUCGAAUAAUUCGUAAUUCAGUUUUACAAUGACUUGCGUUUUUUUAUUUUUAUAUAUAUUCCUAAAAACUAUCUCUUGUUCGAAAAUAGUGUCGAAUCAUUAUCUUUAAAUAGUGUACAAUAAACAUUAAAUAAUCAGACUAGUGUUAGAUUUUGAGUUAUCCUAGUGUGGCGGUUGGUGGGUUGUAUGGAAUCGUUUUGCAACAUUCUUCUUUUCCUUUGCCUUCAUCCAAACUAUUUGGGAUCAGUCUUAAAAUAUUGUGUUCGCAAUAAUAUAAAUGAGGCCAAAAUGAUACAGAAAGGUUAUAUUCAAAUUUUUAUUUGAGUAUUUCAGUGUUCUGGUCGAAAAUUAAGAAAAAAAUAAAAUGCAUACAUAAUAAAUCUCCUGUUAAAUUGUCAAGCAUUUCUGUUUGGUCUAACAAUUUUAACUACAGAAUACCUACCGAAUAAAAAUUAUGUAAAAAACUCGCAAAAUAAAAAUGUCUAUAAAUAGCGCAGAAAUAGCUCAAAUAUUUUAAAAAUCUUACCACGUAUAAAAAAAGCAAAUUUAAGUAUUCUGCCCAAAUUUCAACUCUUUACGAACAUUUUGAACUCUAUUAACAAAAAAACAAAAUUGAAAACAAUAAAAGCAUUAUUUUCGUAAAUUUUCCCGGUUUUUCCCAAUUUUUAUGAAAACCGAUUAGAAUAUAAAAAAAUUACCAUCCUAAAAUACCAAUUAGAUGAAAAUUCUUUUUAAAAAAAGUUCUGUACUUGAUACGUUCGGAGCAAGAUUACUAGUAGAAUUUUUAUACAUAGUAUAAAAAAGUCAUUGUAAAAUCAAUACAUUCCUCGUUUUGCUCAGAAUCUAAAAUAAUUUUUUUGAAAAAGUACAUUUUUAAAAAUAUUUCAAAUAAACUAAUAUCAGGUGGAAAUAUACAUUUAUUGAUAUUGCAUGACUAAAAUCAAACCAUUUUCUAACUAGAAAAAAAAAACAUUUCUUUGUAACUAUAACUAUAAUAGCUUUUUCAUUAUACUCAGAAUCUAAAAUAAAUAAAUAAUUUUUAUUUUAUCACAUAAUUUUCAUUAAAUACUAAACUCUUAUCAUAACCAAACUUCAUAAAUUUUUCAAUAGCAACUCCAAUUUUUAAACUUUCCGUUGAAAAUCUAAUUUUCAAACCCGAAAUAAUACUAUUAAGUAUGCAUUUAUUUUUAUUGUUUGUAUGAAAUACGCUAAAUAGUUAGAUAAUUAUAUUUUGUACAUAUUCGCAAAAAAAAAAAGGUAACGAUAUAACCUUUUACUGCAUGCUCAUGGAGGGGAAGUUGUUGAGAGGGCUAGAGGAGAUUUUUUCGGGGAUAGAUAUAACCCUCUUAACCCCCCGUAUUAUACACUUAUGCAUUUUAUGUUUAAUACUGAUUUGCACAUAACACCAAUAAUUUGAAUUACGAUCAUCACCUAGAUAUUAAUUAUAGGUUUAUGUUUUUUUAAUUAUUGUAAAAUACUACUAAUAUAAAUUCUUAUUUUUUAAAAUUAAAAUGCGUUCGCAAUUCUUUGUAUUUGACAGUGUUAUUAUAUUAAUUUUAACCAUACAAAUUUAAAAUAUCAUAUUUCUAUACAAAUUAAUUCUCGUGUUACAAUACUAUACCGAUGAUACUUUACACUUAUAUUAUAACAAUAUACCUUUCGAUAUUUCCAAUAAAGUAUAAGAUAUCCAUUCGAAAAUGAUCUAAUAAAAUGUAAUACUAUUGUAAAGGUCAGUUAUUGCGUAUAUCAAAGAUAUUCUCUGUGAAUUUGUUUCUAAUCCUUGAUCUACAUACAGAUACAAAUUUGUUAACAUAAGCGUGGACAAAUUAUAUCGAGGAAUUGAAAAGUGUUCAAUAUUGUUAUAAGGGUUUUUUUUUCUGUAUGUCUUUGAAAGUUUUGUUUUAUGUGUAUAAUAAUUAGUUUAUUAAACACUGAGAAAUAGUAAUUACGUUUUUCAAUAUUAGAAGACAUUUUAGAAGGCUUGCGAAAUACAAAUUUAAUGUUGUAUAAAAACAAAUAUAUUUGUUUAUUUAUCACAAAAAAGCACUUGAAAAAAAAAACGAAAAUAAACUGAAUGAUUUUGAAGUGAAAUCAAAUCCGUAUUUUGUGUUUGAUAAUCAUUUUCAUUUGUUAUUCAUUUGAUUAGAGGAUUAUUAAAAAUACGUUCAAAAAAUUUAUUAAAUUACGUAGGUACCUAUCACAGUUUUUAAUCUUUUUUGGCUAAAACCUAACCUAACCUGAUCGUACCCACGAAAUUAUUAGUUUACUAUGAUAUGUGAUUAUUUGAAUGUUGCUUUUCUUUUUAUAGUUUCCAUCGAGCUAUCAUCGAUAUUUGAUCAAUUGGACCAAUUUGUACAAAUAUUGAUACCAUUAAAUGAACACGUGGAUUUAAACUGUAUUAACCAAUGCUUGACUUGGGAAUAAUGUAAUAGAGUUACUCUAGGUACUUUUAAUAAAUUAGCAUUCCUAACAUUUUAAUAUUCCUCACAUUACCUCUUUUUAUAAAAUUACUCAACUUAGAUGGUCGUGUUUAUAAGGCCGUUAUACUCAUAUGCGCUGUCUCAGUUCAUUUAACGGGCAAUAUUGCAAAAUCUACCUUACGCAGACUGCGAAAAACUCGCUUCGUGGUAAUUUUGCUCAGUUUAAGAGUGAAAUCAACUUUUAUAAUAUUAAACAAAACAGUAAUCUGGGGAGCAAGACGUUGCGUUUAUCCUAGUAUUCUAAUUAUUAUUCCGAAUACAACGUCCAAUAUAUCGUUUAGAAAUAAAGACUAAUUCAUUGUUUUUAAAUGAUUGUAACAUUUCAACAAAUGAAUUCUAAUAAAGAAAAACACAGUCUUUCCCUCCAGAAUAAUGUUCUCUUUAAUUUUAAUAAUUGGAGCUUUUUUUAUAAAACCAGAAUUAAGUGAGUUUUAUGCAGUCUGAGUAAGGUACAUUUUGCUAUUUAUAGUUGGGCUGAGACAAUGCAUGAGGGGGUAUAACGUCCUUUUAACACAAAUAUUUAAGUUGAGCAAUUUUAUAUUUAUUUGUAUUUAUUUAUCUGUAUUUAUAUUUAUUCGGUCAGCUUAAAUAACAACCCGUCCCAUGCGUUCCCCUUUAAAAAAAGUAGGAGUACACUAGAUAUUCAAAAAAUUAGUUGAUGUACUAAGCCCCACUUGCGUCCACAUUACAAUCAACCAUUUAGUUAUAAUUUAUAUCUAAACUGUACUAAUAAGUAAUAUAGAUAGGCAUGCAUAUUGCGAAACGUACGUUUUAAAAACUAAUUUUUCACAGAGCAAACAGAAUAUUAUAUUUUUGUCGAAAUCUCAGGAUCGACAUUUACAUGCUUCAAACAUAUUGUGUGUAUAUACGUAGGCAUGUAAUUCGUUUGGCAUGCAUAGCAGUUUGAAAUUGCGUUAGAGUACCUAUAUAUAUAUAUGUAUAUACUGUGUAUUAUUAUAUUAUUCUUCGGUCUUCCCGUCGUCGUUGUUACGCGCGUAUGAAAGAUAUAAAAUCUUUGUCUCUGUAAAAUGUCAGCUCUUACAGUGUAGUGCUGACACACACACACACACACGAUUGCCUAUACACGAUACAAAACACGCGGUGUCGUUUUAUAAUGUGCGGACACAAUAGGAAAAAACGACCGGAUCGACUUAUAGAUAUAGGUGUACACUUAUGUAGGUAGGUACGUGAUAACGAUAAUAGGUACAACCCGAAUGACAAAAUCCGUACGAAAACAGUCCGCGGUAUCUGGCGGAGUGACAAUAUCAACACGUAUACGUGGUGAGGGGGUCCUACUAUCCAGAACAUCUUCCGCGUUUUCAAGGACUGCCGCUGUACAGCCGAAUGUGUAAUAUAAAUAUAUUAUUAUAUAAGUAUAGUAAUAAUAAUACUACGCGUCGAGUCACGGUCCAUUAAGUUGUCAAAGUCAUUACACGCCUGUGUUUAUCGGUCGACUGCGUGGAUAUCGAUUUUAUUUGUUGUGUGACAAUUUAUUAGGUACCAUUAUUAUUAGUAUUGCCGAGCCGACAGAGUCCGUCUCUUCGUCAACGAGCGCGAAACGUAAAUAUUACAAAAAACGCCAAUUGGCCACUCGAAAAAUAACUAUAAACGCAACAGGGACGAUAUACACCCGGACGAUAUAGUGAUAUUUUAUUUUAUCGUUGAACUCUCGUUGUUUCGAAAAGUAUCGACGUUUUUCCGGCAAUAUUUAAGAAGCAAACGGUUUCAAAAUGUUACGUUUCCUUUAAUUUUGCGGCCACACAAACGAUGCUCCACGAUUAAUCACUACUCUUUCCCAAUUCAAAUUUAAAAGUGAAAUAUCUCGUCAAUGGGCCGACGGAAAUCAAAAGAUUUGAACACCGACAUUUAUUCAAUCUAACGCUCCGUUUAUUUAUGGAAUUUGUAAUAUAGGUUGCCAUUUGAAAAUCAAAAGUAGGUAGUCGUUUCACCCCCAAAAUAAUAAUAGAAAUGUAAAAUUGUUGAGAUGUUUUUUUCUUAAAUUUUUAAACUAUUUUUUUAUUAUUAUUUACAAUAUUCGCAGACCGCGAAGUCGAACUACAUAAGACUCUACAACAUCUUAUCUAAUGUUGUCGUAUGUAUAAGGUCAGUAUUUAUGGUAGUAAAACACUCCCAUUGCAUACCAAUACAAAUAAAUACAAUAUAAUAAUUAUAUUCUUAUCUUCCGAAUAAAUGUUAUAACCUCAGUUCGUAAAACGAGGGUAGUCGAAUAUUAUACUUUUUAACUAAAAAAAAAAAUAUGGUCGAAUUGCAUGGUUACGGCCGAAAUGCAUUUACCUCAAAAAAAUGAUGUUUGAAAAAAAAAUUUAAUUUGAAGUAUUGAUUUACCUUCCUACUUACAGUCUUUAGGGAUCUUAAUAAGACAUAAUAUGUUAAAGAAUCACCGUUAAUUGAAUUUAAAAUACUUAAACUAAUUAAUGUUUCACGAAGGCAUUUUCCCAGAUUCUGUUUUAAAUUUCAACGUACAAUUAUGUUGUUAAAUAAAUAAUUAUAAUUUCACAAGUUUAAAAAAUGCUUUUAAUUUUUUAUGUAUAAUUUUAAAGUUCGCAAAGGAUAAAAUUGCAAGUGGAAAUGGAUGAAUAAGUGAAUCUUUAAAUUAAGUUUUUUGCGAACACCUGUAGGUUUUUUUGACCAUUAUCGCGUCAAACCAAAUUGAAACUAGUGCAAUUCGACUUUAUUACGUAAAGAGUAUUGCAGAAUUUAGAUUUGUGUACAAUGUAUGGGUGCCUACUAUAUACAGACCAUCCAGCAGGAAACGUCGGAGAAUUUUUAUGUUUUUCAUAUUUUUGUUCACAAAUGAAAUUUGACGUCGUGGACCACCGGCCGUGAUGUGCGGACGUGCGACAGAACAAUAACACUCGUAUUAUUAUAUUAUUAUUAGAAUCCCGUUUGCCCGAAACUCUCGACGGCGUACACUUUUUUUUUUUUCUCCAAUAUUGUUAUACAUAUUUUUGACGACAAGCGUUUGUGCCAAACCAUAAUAUUAUUACAUAUAUGGUAUACCUACAGUAUUAUUUAUUACAAUAAAAUACGGAUGACAUCGCGCACCAUGUUUCUAUUGGACGGACGCGGCGGCCGUUGCCACCGACGCGGCGUGGUCGACGUGCCGGGAGAUACGUGUGUGUACAUUGUACAGUGUACACACGCAUACGGCAUAAUACAACACACUGUACACACACGGGUGUAUAUUAUUGUACACAUAUAUUACAGUAUAACACAACACACUGUAUACACACGAGUAUAUUGUACAACGUACGGUCAGUGAAUUGAAUAAUAAUAGGGCCCGCGCAGAGGGCAAAAUACACACACCGGUGAGCUCUGUCUGCGCGGGAGUCAUGAUACGAGCAUAAUAUUAUAGCGUACAUUAUUGUUAUAGUGUCCUAUGCCAAUCCCGUUGUUCAAUUCCCACGAGAUACCAAUAAUUUCGUUAUCAGUUAAUACAGUUCCUAUGUUAAUCGUCGUUUCCCACGACAGAAUUUACAAAUUUCAACUUCCAUUCGUUUAAUUCUCCCGUACGUGAAAUAUUAGACGUUCUCAAGGCCUCCAAAGAAUUCUCAUUGACAUAUAAUAGACUAAGAAAGUAUCGUUUAAAAGCACAGCUAAAACCCAGUAGAAAAUUUUAAAACUGUAACUGCAUAAUUAUAAAAUUGAAAAAAUAAAAACGAAUGUUUUCAGCUAGUUUGUAUACAAAUUUCUGUAGAACGGCGUUUUCCUCGGUUAAUAUAGAAAAUUAACCUUGCUCGAUACACUGGGAUUUAAAAUACGAGCAAAUUAUUAUCGUGAUUAAAUGAUUAAAAUAUUAAAAAUUGAGUUCUCUAACAAUGUACGCCAUACUUUAGAUUUAAGUAACAAAAGCGAACGGAAGUAAAAUAUUAUUUUCAAUUUUGUUGUGUCCGUCUGUCUUCCGGUGGCUCCGGUGUGAUGCAAAACGACUUUGCGAACUACUGCUACUAUAUAAUUAUGUGACUCAUCCGACGCGAGCUCAGACAUUGCGGAUGAUCAGUGCGAACCGGUCCUAAAAUACUUAAUCGGAGUAGGGUAUAACCGUGAAUAAUUCACCGUGUAAAUUACACCAUGACGAUACUCGUCGUGUAUACAGAGUCAUGUGCAAUAUAACGUAAGGCACUCAUCACUCUCAGAAAAUAUUAACUUUUUCGGAAAAUUUAAGAAACAGUAAGCAGCAGCUAGAUUAAGUUUGAGUUUGAAUACAUUCUGGUGUUGAUAUUUUUAAUUUCCGGCAACCUACGAGAUAAUGAUUGUUACUACCAGGGGCGUAGCCAGGAUUUUUCAACGGAGCGUGUUUUAAUUUUAUAUUUAAAUACGACUUGUGGGAGUGGGAUAUCACAGAAUUUCCACGGCGUCGUUUAUCGAUACAAAUUCCAAACAGCAGCUGGUGCUUCCACCGGUUACCACCACGUUAUACGGUAAUCGUAUAGAAGAUAAUCAAUAACCAUUGAUGAUUAUAUUACUGUAUAAUAUUUUCUUCACGAUAAAGGAUAGUAAUACAAUUAUCUAUUUAUAAUCGGCUAACUAAAUGCCAUAUUGUGUAAGAUCCUGAUACAUUCAGUACAUAAUCUAUCGUUGGCUUAAAUAUCUCUCCUGGUCGAAGAGAGCGGUUUUUUGAACAUCCAAAACAUCCGUUCUGGCUACGCGCGCCUGGUUCUCUCUUUUACGUUAUAUUGUUCACCCUGUAUAUUACGAUUGUAUUAUACGAUCGAAAACGCUAGUCACGUGUGUGUAUAUUAUACGUGAGUUAUGUGCUUUGUCGUUCGAUUUUUCUAAACAUUUUCGUUGGUGUGAAUAACGAGUAAUACCGCCCGUAUUACAAUAUUAUACAUAAGUUAAAUGUUUCGGGUGGUCGUGGGACAACGUUUAAACACCUGCUCAGGUAUAUAGUUGGUUCAGCGCUUUUUACAAGAAAAUUAUAAAACUUUUUAAGUUUAUAAAUGUAUUAGUUUUUUUUAUUUUUUUUUACUAAAGACAUUUUAAUUUGUUGGUGCACGGAGGGUUAUUUUUUAAUUUUCGUUGCAGUUUUCUUAAUAAUGGGGAAAAGCCGGAAAAAUGUAUAGCAGUAACCGUUUCAUUAUUUGUACUAUUAUUUUGAAAAUGAACAUACCUAUCCAGUUUGUAAUGAAGAGGGCGGAGCAUAAAUAAUUUCAUGUGGAUUCACCAAUAUAUACCUACUUCCCAUAGUAUUACAGAACGAUAGUGCACCUACACUACGUGGUCCGAUCGUGAAAAACAAUAUACAAUGGUUUCGGUAUUAUUUUUUUACAAAAAAAUCUUUAUGGUAUUGUAUACAUACUUAUUAGUUAUUAUGCUACAUCGAGUUCAGUUAUUUUCAUAUAGACACACACGACACACAUAAUAUUAUACACGCAAUAGAAACGGAUUCACAGUUCUAUGCGUGCACUGUUUCACUACAACUAUUGUCUUCCGCAAAAGUAUCGAAUGAUUUACAUUUUAAAUUAUUCAAUUAUUUUAAGUAGGCAUAUAUAUAUCGAUCUAGCGUAGUAUAGGUAUCGGUCUCGAAAAAUAAGGAGCAAUAGUAGCGUAUAGUAUGCGCAUAUAGUGAAACGUGUACGUUAUAUAUAGAGUGUAGAUUUUAAAGCAAUAAAAAUCUAAAGAAAAGCACUAAAAAAAAAAAGAAAGCUGUAUAAAUUUUCCAAAAAAGCAUUAAAAAUGGGGUUUUUUUUUUAAAAAAAAUUGGGCAUAUUUUUGUAUUUAUUACAGUUUCAAGAUAAAUGAAUCUACUAUGUACCAUACAGUACGUAAAUCACAUUAUCUAAAUUACAUUGAUAAAUAUAUCCAUAAAUCAAACAUAACGAGAUAAAAUCGAUUGAGCCAGCCAUGACUUUGGAACAUAUUAUAUAAUAUAAAAAUAAAUAUUAACAAUUCAAUUACGUUUAUUUAGAACACAUUUUGAAAAAAUAUAACUUAAAAUCAAAAAAGUGCCCAAAAUACCGCAAAAAAGCAAAAAAAACAAAAUAAAUAUAAAUAUAAAUCGAAUUUAUAGCUGACAUAGCUUUGUUUUAGAGCAAUAGAAACAAAAAAAGCAAAUACCUUCAAACCGUACUCUAGUUGUAUACGUUAUACUUUAACAAUGCGUAGCCAUAAAUCUGAAUGACAGUAUUUGGUUGACGUUAAGUUGAUUGUAAUUUAUAGGAAACAUUACUAAAAUGUCCUGUAGGAAUAUUUUAUUACUCUUUAUCAUCUUUUAGUUUUAAAACUUCAAAAUUGUCGAGAGCAAGUCCAAUAUAAGACGCGUACCGACUCAUUGUAUAACUACUUUAAUGUUUGGUACUUUUAUAAUAACAUAGAACACUCGAAGAGAAAAUAAUAUAUAGGUAUAUUACACAACUAUAACGUUUAGUAAGAAUUUGAUAAAUACGUCUCGUGGUCUCGUGGAACUAUAUUAUAAUACUCAAGAGUAGGUAUAUAAAUAUGUUUUAGUAGGUAAACGAUUGUGUAAGAACAAUAUUUCAAUCGUAGAAAAAGUAUUAAAACUUCACGUGGUACUAAUAAAAGUUUGUAUUUCAAUAAAACUACGCCGUAUUAUUUGAAUGUCAUUGGCAGCAAUAAAAACUCUUAAAUGAUUAGGAAAUAAUAUAACACUCGUACCAUAUUCAGGUUCUAAAUUCGAACAGGUACGGGAAAAAAUCAUCGUUUGAAACGAAAAUAACAUUAUUGUAAGACAUAAUUGUAGGAUAUGCCUUAUUAUAAAAAAAAAAAAGUAUGAGAGUUCGUAAACGUGGAUAUUUCUUCUGAAGAGUAAAUAAUGUGUGAAUAUGUAAUUUGGUAGGUAAAUAAACUAUAAUCUUAACGUAAACUUAUUUAUUUAUAUAUUUUUAUUCCCAACGGAAAUUCCUUUUUCCGAUACAAUUGGUCACAGUCGAUUUGUCUAGUGUACCUUUUAACGAGGACGUUUCAUCCACUCUUCUCCGGCUCCCACCACCUACCGACCAACCGCUGUGUACACUGCAGAGUCCCACGAAUCAGUAGAUUUCAUUGAUUAUUACCUCCUCCUGCGUAGUACAUCACCCAUUUUCUCCGGUGAUUUUGGCAGAUAGUUUACUUGACGAUUUUUUUGUAUCUAAAGAAAAUCUUUGUUUUAAGUUUUCGUUUGUUCAAUUUAGAUGAAAUUUAAAGGUGUUAGUAUCGUCAUUUUUUUACCAUGCCGUAUUACAUCAAAACGUUUAUAUCGUGGUAAGAUAUUAGCAUUGAACUUUCUACACGAAAGUACCGAAAAUCAUCACCAGAUUUCUGUAUUUUAUUGGGUAACGUUUAUUUUAUUUAAAUUGAUUUUGUUCUGUUAAAGGCUAA